AUGAAAUUACUCAGAAAUCGGACUAGUAUGUCGUCAUCUUAUCGUUCAGGAAUAAGACCAAGAACAACAACAGCAAAUGUUCGAAGUUCAAGAAAUACGGGUAUUAUGGGCGGCAUCAAUUCCGGUGUCACGACAAGAAUGUACCAAAGUUAUUCAUCGAGUGGCAACUUUGGUGCACAGUCAGGAUUGGGCGGAUUAGCUCAAUUUGCUGGCAUUCCGAUUAGAGGUGGUACAGGUGGCGGUCGGGGAGGUGGUGAGUUGAUUGCCAUCAAUGUAGCACGUGAGCGUGAAAAGCGAGAUUUGGUUACUUUAAAUGAUAAAUUUGCACAAUAUGUUGAAAAAGUUCGAUUUCUUGAAGCACAAAAUCGAAAAUUACAAAUGGAAUUAGACGCAAUUUUAAAAAGAUCAGGACAGGGUUCAUCUAAAAUAAAAGAAAUGUAUGAAAUGGAAAUGACUGAAGCAAAACAGUUGAUUGAUGAUACACAAAAUGAUCGAGCAGCAGCCGAAGCGAUAGCAAAAAAAGCUAUGCAAACCACAAAACGAGAAAAGGAAAGAUAUGACGAAGUUUCAUAUGGUCUUAAUUCUGAUCGAAGUGCAGUUGAUCAACUACAAUUACAAAUAGCCGAAAAUGAAGCUCAAAUUAGUUUAUUUCGUCGACGAUUGUCUGAUUUAGAACAAGAAGCUGGACGAUACAAAGCUGAAGCACAACGAAUAAUGUCGGAAAUAGGACGUUUACAAACUGAUAUACAAAAUGAACAAUUUCUCAAAUCAACAUUAGAUACCGAAAAAAUGGCAUUAACAGAUGAAUUAUUAAUGUCGAAACAACUGCAUGAAACCGAUUUAGCCGACAUUCGUUCAAAAACUGUUGUCGAUGUUAAUCUUGAUGCGUCACAAUUUUUCCGCAAUGAAUUGUCACAAGCAAUUCAAGAGAUUCGAAAUGAAUAUGAAUCAUCAGUUGAACAUCAACGUUCCGACUUACGCAGUCGUUAUAUGUUAAUUUACAAUGAAUUAGUAACGCAUCAGACACGACCACAAAUACAAGUUCAAAGUCAAAGCCAAGAAGAUAGCAUACGUGCAUCAAUUUUAAAAAUGAAAAAUGAAAGUGGCUACUGGCAUGCCAAAAAUGAAGAUUUAAAUAAUCGAAUUAAAGAAAUACAAAUACAGCUUAAGUAUCAACAAGAGUAUGGCUCAAAAUCGAUUGCUCAGCAAACGCAAGAAAUACAAAUGAUGAGACAAAAAUUACUACGUUUAACACAAGAAUAUGACGAAGUAACAAAUAUGAAAACAUCGUUAGAAGAAGAAAUAAAUCAAUAUCGAUAUUUAUUGGAAGGUAAAUCUGGACUGAAACCGAUCGUUGAUCAAGUUGUCGAAGAAGCAAAUCGAAUAAUAGCUGAACGAGCGACAUCGUCAUCAUUCCUCAAUACAAACCAAAAACGUUCUACAACGAUACAACGUACACAUUUUAGCAUCGGCGGCGGUUCUGGCUUUAUUAGUGGCAGUAGUGGUGGUGGUGGUAGUAGUGUUCGUGCUAGUGCUAGUACUACUGUCACUGUAGAUCGUUAUCACCAGUAUUUACUGCAAAUAGCAUCAAAAUAUGAAAUAAAUCGUCAAUGGGAACAACGUUUAAGAUUAUUGGAAGACUUUGAAAUUAUUUUACUUUGUGACGAUAGUGGAUCGAUGAAGAGUACGUUAGGAAAUAGUUCAAAAACACGUUGGGACGAAUUGAAACAGUUAGUUCAAAUAAUUGUCGAUAUUUCCGUUGUAUUUGAUUCAAACGGAGUCGAUGUUUAUUUUCUCAAUCGUAAGCCUCUGUUGAGUGUCACGAGUACUGAACAGCUCAAUGCGGUGUUUGCACAAGCCCCCCAUGGUCUGACGCCGCUUGUUCCCAUACUGAAACAAAUAUUGAGAACAAAAUCACCGCAAGCUGGAGAUAAGAAAUUGCUCAUUUUUAUCGCAACAGACGGUGCACCCACAGACGAGCUUGGAAACACUAAUGUUCCAGUAUUGGAACAAUUAAUCAGACAAGAACGAAGUUCAAAAACAACUUACCUUACAUUUUUGGCGUGUACAGAUGACAGUGAUGCAGUUUCCUAUUUGGCAAAUUGGGAUAGAACAAUGGAACAUGUCGAUGUCGUUGACGAUUAUCGUUCUGAGAAAGCACAAAUACAACGAGCGCAGGGUUCCAAUUAUCCAUUCUCCUAUGGUGAUUACAUCGUUAAAGCUCUACUUGGAUCAAUUGAUCCACGAUUUGAUAAACUAAACGAACGAUCGUAG